AUGCCUCUCUCAGAUGAGGAACUCACAGCCCUAGUCAAUAAAAUCCGGAACGAUCCUAACUACUUUACGAAAUUCGACUCUAUUCCGCAACGUUGUACUUUCAAAGCAAUAGAUGACACGCAAUUCGAUGCCGUUGCUGUCGACAGCCAGUCUGACCACGUGUUGCACUUCAGUAUCCUCGGUCGGAUUGUUAGAAAAACCACGUACCUCAGACCUGAGGGACCAUUCAAGCCGACAGGAGCCAAUCCGCCGAAACGCGAAGAACAAGAAAAAUUUCUGAAGACUAGGCUGAAGGCUUCAUUGGCACCUCUCAGAGACGUGCUAGAUACUGAGACAGCCAAAGAAGACUGGGCGAAAUACAGAGCGACAUUGGAGAAGAUCAUCGAGGCUACGACGGAGUUUUCGGCUGAUACGAAAAUUUGGAGCCCAUAUCGAACAAAGAAAAAUGUUUUUACGCUCAAUCACAAAUUGAUAUCCCGUAGAGACGAUGAAGGUUUCUCGCGUGGCGAAAAGGCCACAAUACUACGUGGAGGAGGCAGUUUAGGUAGCUCAGACGGCGGUGUCGAACCUUCAGGGGAACUAAACGAGGAUCCCAUUGAUGAACCGGAAGGGAUUGCAGACGUGGUACUUGGUGUCGAAAGCGACGUAAAUAAGUUGACACAGAUAAGGAACUGGCCCUGCGACCCAGACUGGCAUCGAGUCGCAGACCGCUUCGACCAUUCUCACUACAUCAAUCUACUUCCUGCAUUCGACAGAGACUUCGAAUUCAUCUUGCCUCAGCAAUACGAAUUGAAGCUCCUUGGUGCCGUCGUCCACGCCAAGUUCUCUAUCAGUAGAUUCGAUAUUCAGGGAGACUAUGUUUUUUGCCUCGAUAUUGUCGAGCUUCAGGUCCUGAAGCCGCCUCCGGCUGGAGUUGCGACGCGUAAGAAGCGCGCUUUGGUUGACCUUGUGCUGCAUAAGAAGAGGAUGAAGCAGCGAUUGCUCCGGUUGAGUGCAUCUUUUAGCUCUGUUGGUCAUUUACAACUCAAGACAAUCUGGUGGCUCUUUGUAGACUCGGAUCACGAUAAUGUUGUAGGUGAAUACACCUAAUCUCCCUUUCAUUCCUUUGCGAUAUGU